AAGCGAAAAGACUGUAAUGUAAGCAAAGCUCACAACAAGUCUCCAGAAAAUGCUACUCACCGACAUUUCCGGACAGGUUACCAACUGGGAGAACCAUCACAUUCUCAGUCUCAUCGCUCCCUAAAAUAGAGCUGACCCUUGAUCCUGGAAAGGCAUUUGUGGAAGUAAAGAUGGAGGCCGGAGGGGAGCGUUUUCAUCAACAAAGGCAAGUCCUGAUUCUCUUUCUUUUGCUGGGAGUGACUUUUGCAGGCUGGGAAUCCCGUCGCUAUUCCGUGAUGGAGGAAAUAGAGAGCGGCUCGUUUGUGGCCAACCUUGUCAAGGACUUGGGGCUCGGAGUGGGGGAGCUAGCUGCGCGGGAAGCCCGGGUGGUCUCUGAGGAUAACGAACCCCGGUUGCAGCUCGAUCUGCAGACUGGGAAGUUGACAUUAAAUGAGAAACUGGACCGGGAGGAGAUGUGCGGCGCUACAGAUCCAUGUGUAAUGCAUUUUCAAGUGUUACUGAAAAAACCAUUGGGAGUAUUUCGAGCUGAGCUACUGGUGAGAGACAUAAACGAUCAUGCUCCUGAGUUUCCUGAAAGAGAAAUGACUUUGAAAAUCCCAGAGAACUGCCCUCCUGGGUCAGUGUUUCCUCUGAAAAAUGCUCAGGAUUUGGACGUGGGCAACAACAACAUCCAAAACUACAGUAUCAGUCCCAAUUCUUAUUUUCAUGUGUCCACCCGCAAUCGGGGGGAUGGUAGGAAAUACCCAGAGCUGGUGCUGGACAAAGAGCUUGAUCGGGAGAAGCAGGCCUUGCUCAGAUUAACCCUCACAGCGCUGGAUGGCGGCUCUCCGCCUCGAUCUGGUACCACCCAGGUCAGAAUCUUGGUCUUGGAUAUCAAUGACAACGCCCCUGAGUUUGCGCAGGCCCACUACCAGGUGCAGGUCCCGGAGAACAGCCCCGUAGGCGCCCUAGUUGUCAAAGUUUCUGCCCGAGAUUUAGACACUGGGACAAAUGGAGAGGUAUCAUAUUCCCUGCUUUAUAGUUCUCAGGCGAUGAGCCCAACUUUUGAGCUAAACAGCCUUUCGGGAGAAGUUCGACUAAUCAAAAAACUCGAUUUUGAGACAGUAUCCUCAUAUGAUCUGGAUAUAGAUGCAUUUGAUGGCGGGGGCCUUUCUGGAAAAUGCUCUGUCUUCAUUGAGGUGGUGGAUGUUAACGAUAACGCCCCAGAACUAACUAUUUCAUCACUUACCAGCCCCAUUCCUGAAAACUCCCCCGAAACAGAAGUGGCCCUGUUUAGGAUUAGAGACCGAGACUCAGGGAACAACGGAAAGAUGACUUGCUCCAUCCAGGAUGAUCUCCCCUUUAUUCUGAAACCGUCUGAAGAGAAUUUCUACACGCUGGUAACAAAUGGGGCGCUAGACAGAGAAAGCAAAGCUGAGUAUAAUGUCACCAUUACUGUCACCGACUUGGGGACACCGAGGCUGAAAACCGAGCACAACAUAACCGUGCUGGUGGCCGACGUCAACGACAACGCCCCCGCCUUCACCCAGACCUCCUACACCCUGUGGGUCCGCGAGAACAACAGCCCCGCCCUGCACAUCGGCACCGUCAGCGCCACAGACACAGACGCGGGCGCCAACGCCCAGGUCACCUACUCGCUGCUGCCGCCGCCAGACCCGCACCUGCCCCUCGCCUCCCUCGUGUCCAUCAACCCCGACAACGGCCACCUCUUCGCCCUCACGUCCCUGGACUACGAGGCCCUGCGGGCCUUCGAGUUCCGCGUGGGCGCCGCCGACCGCGGCUCGCCCGCGCUCAGCAGCCAGGCGCUGGUGCGCGUGCUCGUGGCGGACGCCAACGACAACGCGCCCUUCGUGCUCUACCCGCUGCAGAACGCCUCGGCGCCCUGCACCGAGCUGGUGCCCAGGGCGGCCGAGCCCGGCUACCUGGUGACCAAGGUGGUGGCGGUGGACGGCGACGCGGGCCAGAACGCCUGGCUGUCGUACCAGCUGCUCAAGGCCACGGAGCCCGGGCUGUUCGGCGUGUGGGCGCACAACGGCGAGGUGCGCACGGCGCGGCUGCUGAGCGAGCGCGACGCGCCCAAGCAGCGGCUGGUGGUGCUGGUCAAGGACAACGGCGAGCCGCCGCUGUCGGCCAGCGUCACACUGCACGUGCUGCUGGUGGACGGCUUCUCGCAGCCCUACCUGCCGCCCCCGGAAGCGGAAGCGGCGGCCGCGGCGCCGGCCGACCCGCUCACCGUCUACCUGGUGGUGGCCUUGGCGUCGGUGUCGUCGCUCUUCCUCUUCUCGGUGCUGGCGUUCGUGGCGGUGCGGCUGUGCAGGAGGGGCGGGGCGGGCUCGGCGGGUCGCUGCCCGGUGCCCGAGGGCCACUUCCCGGGCCACCUGGUGGACGUCAGCGGCACGGGGACCCUGUCCCAGAGCUACCAGUACGAGGUGUGUCUGAUGGGAGGAACUGGGACGAAUGAGUUCAAAUUCUUGAAGCCUGUCUUACCCAGUAGUCUAGAAUCCAACUUUGACAGGAAAUCAGAAGGAAGUCCAACCUUCCAGAAUCGUUUAGGCAUCUGAAACUUCUCCAGCUGCGUACAUUAGUUUUUAUCUCUUACACCUUUCCCUUUUUUAACCUGGUAGUAAUAAUUCUACUCGUCUUUCUUCUUUUCAGAGUUUUUCAUAGUAAUGCUAAUCUUCGUUUUGUUGGCCUGUUUGCCCUAGAAUUAAUUUUCCAAUUAUUGUCAGUAAAAUUUUAUAUCAGGAAAGUUCGUACUACUGGUUAAAUUUUUAGUAUUUAUUUCUAAAUGGUAAUAUGAAAGCCUCUCAGAAUAAAAGUAAUUCUAACUUUUAAAAGUUCUUUUCUCACUGUAUAUAACACGAUGUAAAAAUGUCUGACUUAUUUUAUCAUAUUUCAUUUUUUUAUUACUGGAAGCUUUUUAAGUUUUUGUUAUUUACACAGCUAUGACUUUUCUAUAACGCCUCUUCUGUUUGGAAUGGAAUCAGUUUAUAUUUGUGUGCGUGCUAAGCUUUUUAAGCUUUUGUUAUUUACACAACUAUGACAUUUCUAUAACGCCUCUUCUGUUUGGAAUGGAAUCAGUUUAUAUUUGUGUGCUAUACUAAGUCGCUUCAGUCAUGUCCCACUCUUCUGACCCUAUGGGCUAUACCUGCUAGGUUCUUCUGUUACUUAUGUCCAAUUUUUUCCAAGCUCUGUUUGGAUUUUUGUUUUAUCAGUAGAUAGCAACAUGUAUAAUUUCCUAUUUAUUUCAAAAUCACUCUUGUAAUCAUUGGACUUUCACUUUCAAAUACAUGUUAUCUCAUGAAAGUAUAUCUUUUUCAUCUAUUCUUUCUGUUCUAAUUUAAUGUUGAAGACUUGUAAGUUCUUCCUAUUAUCUAACUGAAGUUAUGAUCCUGUUAAGAGUUUAAUGAUACCCACAAUGACUAAUGAGUUCUCUUUUUAAAAAAUAUAUUUUUAAUUAGAGGAUAAUUAUAAUAUUGUGUUGAUUUCUGCUAUACUGAUGUAUACAUGACUCACCGGUAGGUAUACAUAUGUACCCUCCAUCAUGAAGCUCCCUUCUACCUCCCACCCCCUAGGUUGUCACAGAGCACCGGAUUUGGGUUCCCUGCCAUCAUACAGCAAAUUCCCACUGCCUAUCUGUUUAACAUAUGGUAAUAUAUAUGUUUCAAUGCUACUCUCUCAAAUCAUGCCACCCUCUUCUUCCCCCACUGUGUCCAAAAGUCUGUUCUUUAUGUCUGCAUCUCCUUUGCUGUCCUGCCAAUAAGUUUAUCAAUACCAUCUUUCCAGAUUCUAUUUAUGUGUGUUAAUAUAUGUUAUUUGUUUUUCUGAAUUACUUCACUGUAUAUAAUAGUCUCUAGAUUUAUCCACCUUAUUAGACUGACUCAGAUGUGUUCCUUUUUGUAGUUGAGUAAUAUUCCAUUGUGUAUAUGUACCACAUAUUCUUUAUCCAUUCAUCUGUUGAUGGACAUCUAGGUUGCUCAUAUGUCCUGGCUAUUGUAAUUAGUGCUGCUUUGAACACUGGGAUACACGUGUACCUUGAAUAAAUGUGUCCUUUUCAACUAGGAGUUCUUGUGAAUCUGCAGGCAGUGCAGGAGAUGCAUGUUCAAUCCCUGGGUCAGGAAGAUCCCCUGGAGGAGGAAAUGGCAACCCACUCCAGUAUUCUUGCCUGGAAAAUUCCAUGAGGAGGAGCCUGGCAAGCUACAGACCACAGGAUCAUAAAGAAUCAGACACAACUGAGCACACAUGCAUACACCAUAUAUUCUUAAUGUCAAUAGACAUGACCAAGCAAUACAUUGCCUGCCUGCAACUGUCCCUUGCUAUUACAAACAAAUUCUCAAGUGAGCUCUAAAUUCUGCCCCUAGAGGAGCUAUUGAUGACACAGCAUUCCAGUAUCUGUUUGUCUUUGGAUGAUGACAUUGUUCUGAUUAAUAGGUAAUUUGAAAGGAAAUACAUUGUAGAAUUAACAUUACUUAAGCAAAGAAAACUUAGUAAAGAUAUGUUGGUGAGGGAGUUGAAUGAUUUGAAGAAAUAAUCAACUCUGUUGUCAGGACUCCUCUAUCUCCAGGAACCUGGUGUGGUUGGCAGAGUAAUGGCCCCUUAAAGACAUCCACAUCCUAAUCCCUAGAACCUGUAAAUAUACUGUUGUAUUGCAAUAGGAAAUUAAGGUUCAGAGGUAUUAAGGUUGGUAAUCAGUCUUAAAAUAUGGAGAAUAUCCUAGAUGAUUUGGGUGGGCCUGAUUUAAUCAGUUGAAAGGCCUUAAAAGCAGCUUUGAGUCUUCUUGAGAUGAAGAAAUUCUGACUGUGGGCAGUAGCUUCAGUUGAUGCCCCAGAUUUCCAGCCUUUCCUUUUUAAUUGCCUCCUCUACAGAUUUUGGAUUUGCCUAGCCAGCUCACCCAAUCAAAUAAGUCACUUCCUUGUAAUAAAUCUCUUAACAUGUAUCUCCUGCUGCUUGUUUCUCUGAGUGAACCCUGACUGAUACGGAUUUUGGUUCCUGGAAGUGGAGUCCUGCUGUAACAAAUAACUAAAAACAUGCAAACUGGUUUGGAAUUGAGUGACAGGCAUAGGCUGGAAGAAUUUUGAAGAGCAUGAUGGAAAAGUCUUAGAUUGCUUUGGACAGACUGGUGGUUGAAAUACAAAUGUUAAUAACUCUGCUAGCAAAGAUUCAGAAGGAAGUAAGUUGAGGAAGUAUGGUUGAGAAAACAUACUGCCAUGUAGAGUACCUAAAUCAAAACCUUAGGAGACUUGGUAGUAAUAUGGAUGUUAAAGUCACUAAUGAUGAGGACUCAGAAAGAAAUGAGGAAAAUGUUACUGGAAACUGGAGGAAAGGGAAUCCUUGCUACAUAGUGGCUGAAAACAGGUGAAUUGUGUCCUCCCUUGGAAAUGUGAGAGAAAAAGGACUUGUAAGCAAUGAACUUGGAUAUUUAGCUGAGAUUUCCAGGCAUAGGUUGAAAGUGCAGCCUGAUUUCUUCUUGCUGCUUAUAGUAAAAUGUGAGAAGGAUAAAAUACAUUGAGGAAAGGACUAUUAAGCAAAAAGGAACCAGAAUUUGAUGAUUUGAGAAAUUCUCAGCCUAUUCAGAUUGUAAAAGAUGCUAAAAUUAGGAAAGAAAGCCAAGGAUGUCAUAGGUGUACACUAUUUGUAUUGGGCAUACACACUGAGACAAUACUAUAAUGAGAUGAGAUCUUUGAGGACCUUACAUAUAUUUCUUAUAUGGGGUGUCUGUAAAUCUUUGGGGACCAGAGAGUGGAAUAUGAUAGGGAGAAUAAUGAUCUCACAUAUCUAUGUCCUAAUCUCUGGAACCUGUGAAUAUCUUGUUAUGUGGCAAAGGGGAAUUUAAAUUGCAGAUGGAUUUAAGGUUGAUAAUCAGCUGACCUUAAUAAUAAGAUUACUCUAAAUUAUCCAGGUGGGCUUAGAACCACAAGAACCUUUAAUAAGUGCAAGUGGAAAAAAAAAUAAGUGCAAGUGGGAAGCAGAAAAGUAUCAGAGUAGUAGUAUGUGAAAAACUCUGAACCAGCUAUUACUGAAUUUGAAGACAGAAAGGAGCCACCAGUGAGAGAAUGCAGAUAGCCUCUAGAAUCUAGAAAGACAAGAAAAUGUAUUCUCCCUUGCUUCCAGAAAGGAAUAUAAUUCUACCUUAACUUUAGCCCAGUUUAACUUCAGACCUCCAGAACAGUAAGAUAAUAAAUUUGUGUCAUAAUUUGUUAAUAGUAGCUAUAGAGCUAUACAAAUGGCUAUCAACAGAGCUAUUUCCAAGCCUAUUUUUCUUUGCCUUCCCCUACUACAGGCCAAAAUAUUCAUAUUCCCAUAAUCUCUUGCAGAUAGGAAUGUCAUAUCACUCCAUUAUUGCUAAUGAUAUAAAAGUGUAAUUGGGAAUUGGGCUUAAGGGAAAUAUUUUUGAAAAGGAUAAUCUGCUGUGGCAUGUUCCUUGGGAUUUUUCCCGUUUUCCUUUUUUCUUAAUUGGCAUUGGUUUUGAGGAGUAAACUUUGAGUUGAAGCAACCAACCUGCAACCAUGAGAUGAAUACCAUAGAACAAAGGUUAUAUAUACCAAGUAUGGUAAGAUGGAAAGCCCCUGAAUUUCUUACAGCAUUGUCAAGUUACCACAACAUCUCUAUGCUACCUCCUCCAAGGCUUUAUGUUGCACUUUAUAAAUAAACUCUUCUGUGAUUAAACAAUUGUAGUCAGGUUUUCUGUUAAUUAUAGACAAAUGCACUCCAAGCUGACACAUCUCUUCUCUCCUUCUUGUGAGUAAGGUUGAUUCACACAGUUGUCUGAUUAGGUCCUAGGUUGUCUGUUGAAGAUAUAUGACAUGCUUGUCAAAAAAAAAAAAUACUUUUACCUUCCCUUAGGUGUUAUCAAGGGACAGUACUCUUGAGUUUCCAUGGCUGACUUUAUAUCUUUAUUUGGUCAUCUCUCAAUCUGACUAGUAAAAACAUACACAAAUAAUUGAACUUCCUAAGGAAUUUUCCUGGCUGGUAGCAACCCUAAAAAUUGAGUUUUGGAAAACAGAAUGAGAAAGGGACCUGAUAAAUGCCAGCUAUACUUUUAAACCUGCAUCAGUGGUGUCUUCACAAGAUGACUAGAAGUUUAUUUAUGAAAUAAACCAGAACAUUUGUUUCCCUCUCAGGCAUGGAAGUAGCACAGCCAAAAAUUUUAUUUAGUAAAAUAAAUUGACUACAUAUGAGUCCUGAAAAUCUUCAUAAGCAUAACAGCAAUCUAUAUGUCUUGGUAGAAUAUGCUUGAUGAAAGGAUCAGAAAUUCCUGAAAACCUUUUCAAUAUACAGAGAUGUGUGUUUUGAGGCUUCAAGGUGUCAGUAGCCACUACUCUUUUCCUGUCUUACAAGUACUUUAUUGGUAAAGUGUAUAAUUUAAAGGCAUCUCCAAAGGCUUCCUACUUACAUCUUUUUUGACUGAUCUGGAAUACCUUGAAAAGAGUGUUACUUCCAGUUUAUCAGCAUAAUCAUGAAAAAUCAAUAAAAAUAUAUCAUUAUACAUGAUGGAAUUACCUCAAAAAGUUUUAGAAUUCCUUAGCUUCACCCAGUGUUUGUAUAUUUGUGUAUGUUUGUAUAUGUGUGCAUUUGUGUGUGUGUAAUGUAUGUGUGUGGCAGGGGUGAGGGGGAGUGGCUUUAGCAGAUGGUAGAGAUGCUCUGCAUGCAGAGAUAAUAUACCAGAGUAACAGUGCUUUUCCAUAGCUUUUUGAUAGCUUUUCCACACUGUAAAGAUGUUUUUUUCCUUUAAUGCAUAAAUGUAUGUAAUAGAAUUACCAUUGAGGAGGGAAGUGUAAACCAGACUUGGUCAUUUUUUUCUCCAGUGAGCUCAAGAAACAGUAAAGUUGAUAUCAAGAUGUAUCAGGGCUGGAAUUAGGGUGAGGUCAAAUUGUUCAUGUGUAGGGUUGGAUCCUGUCUUUAUUUAAAAUAUUGAUAUUUUGUUUCAUCAUGAAUUAUUUCAUUAAGUUUGACUUUUUUGAAUAUUGAAUUAAGUAGUAUCUAUCUUUACUUCCUAAGUUUUUUGUUGACCCAUUAAUUUUGCUUCUGAGAUGCUUACCUUCCCCUAGCCCUGGUCCUGUUGGUAGUUUCUAUCUUGCAAGUUCAAAUAUCAUCACAGCAGUAGUGAUGGUGGUCACAGCUGAAAUCUGAGUGGUGAGAUCUGAAUCAAGUCUGUCUCCAUUCCGAGCUUGAGGUAGCAGCAGCAACAGUAGAAGAAUACAAAGAUCCUAGGAGAUCCGACAAACUGAAGUCCUGCAGACUGGGAACGGAAGAGCACCUGUAUGACUGUGAUUCAUCAGGCAAAUUGUUUAUGUUUUUCUUCCAGGUGGCAUGCAGUGGUGUGAAAAUGUUAUCUAUUGGCUGGUUUCAAUUUGCACUGUUGAGAAUUUCUGCAUCUGUGUUCAUGAGGGAUAUUUGUUUCUCUAUAUAUUUUUUCACAUUAUCCUCUUGUCAGUUUUAGUUUCAGAGUUAUUCCGAUCUCAUAAAAUGAGCUGAUAAUUCUUAUUCCACCUCUCUUGUAUGAAAGAGAUCUUUAUUGUUUCUUCUUUAUGUAUUUGACAGAAUUUACCACAGAAGCCAUGUGUGGCUAGCAUUCUCUUUGUGGGGAAAUUCUGAAUUGCAAAUUCAACUUCUUAAAUAAAUAUGCUGCAAUUCGAGUUUUCUAUUUCCGCUUGUGUCAGUUGGUAACUCGUGUUUUUUAAACAAUUCGUCCAUUUUAUCUAAAAUGGUAAUACAUGAAGUUAUUGAUAAUAUUCUGUUAUUAUAUUUUCAAUAUAUUUAGGAUCUGUAGUGGUGCCCCUCUUUCAUUUUUGGAUAUUGGUAAAUAUGUUUUCUCUCCUUUUGCCUUUAUCAGUAUUGCAGUUAGUAUAAUGAUUUUAUUAAUUGUUUUUUUAAACCAACCUUGUCUUUGUUAUUUUCCCAUUUCUGUUUCACUGAUUUCUACUCAUAUGUUUUUCUUUUCUUAUACCUACUUUGGGUUUAAUUUUCUGUUCUUUUUGUAGUUUCUCUGAAAGCUCAGAUCAUUGACUCUUUCCUAAUACAUAUUAAAAUGUAAAAAAAAUAAAAAUUAAAGCUAUAAAUUUCUUGCUAUGCAUUAAGCUGCAUUUCAUGAAUUUUGAUACAUUGUGAUUUUAUUACCAUUAAGUUUGAAUUUAUCAUUCCCCUGUUGAUUUCUUCUUUGAUCUAUUGCUUAACUAGAAGUAUGACUUAAUUUCCAAAUAUCUGGGGAUAUUAUUUUGGAUAUCCCAAAUAGGUCCGUUUUAGUCUGAGAACUUACUCUGUACAAUUUCACUCCUUUAAAAUUAAUUGAGCUUUGCUGUUUUGUUGUUGUUAUCUAACAUAUGGGUUAUCUUGAUAUGUUUUAUAUGUAUGCUUGAAAGAAAUGUGUACUCUAUAGUUGUGGUGUUUAGUAUUUUGUAAAUAUCAAACCAAAUUGCUUUCAUAAUGUUUAAAUAUUCUUUAUUCUUACCACAUUUUCCUACACGUUCUAUCAGUUACUGGAAGAAAAAUGUUAAUUCUUCAAUUGUUAAUUGUGAAUUUGUCUAUUCUUUCAGUUCUAGCAUUUUUUUAACCUUAUGUAUUGUGAAGCUUUGUUGUUAGAUGUGCACAUCAUUAGAAUUAUUUUAUCUUCAUGAUAAAUUGACACUAAUCAU